AUGGAGAAUGAAUUAGGAAGGAUGGGUGAGACUCCUAAAACAUCCCCAAUUGGCAUCUCUCCUAUUCCUGAUGUGUUGAGCUUGGAAGAAGGCAAGACUUCUUUUACUAGUGUUUGCCAAGACAGCCCUCUAAGGCUUCGUCUCUCUCCAUCAUUCAUCGUCUCAAUACAAAAGAUUAUUGCAGAGAUGCUUGCUUCAUAUUUUGUGGUAUUUGUGGGUUGCGCAUCACUUCUCAUGGAUGCUGAUAAGCACAACAUAGGUUUAGUGGGCGUUGCAAUUGUGUGGGGUUCGGUUGUGAUGGUGAUGAUUUACACAAUUGGUCAUGUAUCAGGAGGGCAUUUCAACCCAGCUGUGACCAUUGCCUUUGCAUCUAUUGGCCGCUUUCCAUGGAAGAGUGUGCCCACUUAUGUUGCAGCUCAAGUCCUGGGUUCGACUCUUGCUAAUGCUACUUUGAGGAUAUUGUACCAGACCAAGAAGGUUAAUGUUUCUAUGACACUGCCCGCAGGGACUGACAUUGAGUCACUGGGAUGGGAAUUUAUAAUGGCAUUCCUUCUUAUGUUUGUGGUUUGUGGAGUGGUAACUGAUAGUAGGGCGAUUGGAGAGCUUGCGGGGGUUACAAUAGGAGCAACUGUCCUAGCUAAUGCACUCAUUGCGGGGGCUAUAUCUGGAGCCUCCAUGAACCCGGCAAGGAGUGUGGGAGCUGCAGUUGUAAAAGGAGACCUAGAAAAGCUUUGGAUUUAUCUUGUGGGACCCACAGCUGGGGCAGUCAUUGGAGCCCACACCUAUAAUAUACUAAGGUCAAUUGCUAUUUACUGA